CUUAACAGGAGAGACAUGAGUGUCCGGACGGAGGACAGCAUCACCUUGUGCCAAAGGGCUCUCCAAAUCGUUACGGAACUUUGUCUCACGGGAAACGUAGACCGGGACAAAUGUUCGGAUAUAUUCCCUCUGGAGAGCAACAUACCAGGUAAAGGACACGCAGACAUCUCUAUUAGUCUCCUUGCUGUGGUCGUGGGUUUCUGUGGCCUCGCCCUGUUGGUAGUCUCUCUCUUUGUCUUUUGGAAGCUGUGCUGGCCCAUUUGGAGGAGCAAGGCUCUGUCAGCCCAUGUUGAAAAUGGCCUCCACGUGGGUUUCCCCGAGGCGCCUCCGCCCAACUCCCCGCCCAUCACCGAGUGCAAAGCAGCGGAGGUGGAGAAGAAGUACCCGCUGGAAGUGAAGGUGAAUGGACGGAGCUCUGUCAAGCUCCUGGAGGCGGCCAUGAAGAUCAGCCAGACGUCUCCGGACAUCCCCGCCGAGGUGCAAACCGCCCUGAGGGAAAAGCUCAGCCAGCAGGCUAAGAUCCAGAGGCAGACCACAGAGCCAACCUCCUCCUCCAGGCACAAUUCAUUCCGGCGCCACCUGCCUCGUCAGAUGAAUGUCACCAGCGUUGACUUCAGCAUGGACACAGUGCCUCUCCGCCAGUCCUCUACAGCGAGCAUUGGAAGAAUAAAACCUGAACUCUACAAGCAGAAAUCCGUGGACUCAGAGGAUGAGGCCAAAGAGCCCGUGGAGACCUGCGGCAAGCUCAGCUUCUCGCUGCGUUACGACUACGAGGAUCAAGCUUUGGUGGUGAGAAUCCUCAAGGCUUUGGACCUGCCUGCCAAAGACUUCACGGGCACCUCCGACCCAUAUGUGAAGAUCUACCUGCUACCAGAGAGGAAGAAGAAGUUCCAGACGCGCGUCCACCGCAAGAAUCUGAACCCCAUGUUUGACGAGACCUUCUGUUUCCCCGUCGUAUAUGAUGAGCUUUGCAACCGCAAGCUGCACUUCAGCGUCUACGACUUUGACCGCUUCACCAGCCACGACAUGAUUGGUGAGGUGUUGGUGGACAACCUCUUUGAACUCUCUGAUCUUUCCAGGGAGGCUGUAGUGUGGAAGGAUAUUCAUGCAGCCACUACGGAGAGUGUUGACCUGGGAGAGAUCAUGUACUCGCUGUGCUACCUUCCCACAGCGGGGAGAAUGACCCUAACAGUCAUCAAAUGCAGAAACCUCAAAGCCAUGGACAUCACAGGCUCUUCAGACCCCUAUGUGAAGGUUUACCUGAUAUGUGAUGGACGGAGGCUAAAGAAGCGAAAAACAACCACCAAGAAAAGCACACUUAACCCGGCGUACAACGAGGCCAUCAUCUUCGACAUUCCUCCGGAGAACGUGGAACAAGUCAGUCUGUCCAUCAUGGUGAUGGAUUACGAUCGGGUUGGACACAAUGAGGUGAUUGGUGUUUGUCGCACCGGGCCAGAUGCUGAGGGUCUUGGACGAGAUCACUGGAACGAAAUGUUGGCUUACCCAAGGAAGCCCAUCACACACUGGCACGCACUGGGAGAGUGGCCUGGAAGAGCAGCAAGCUUUGAGAGUCAAGGUUCGUGUCCUUCACCAAAACCUCCACAGACACCUUGA